GGGAGGGAUAGCUUGCUUAUCUUUGAUUGGUCAUGAAGACGCAAAUAGAGGAGCAAACAAGGAGAGAUCAUCGUUUAACUUUGGACAACACCUCUAGUUCAGGCUUCAGAGUUCAGAGCUGUCGUUGAUCGAUACGAAGAAAAAGGGAUGGAUGGAUGAAAAAUUCGACGAAGUGAACUACUGAAUGAUCGCUUCCUACUGAUCUUGUGGCCAGCCAUGUGAUCAGUUCUUCGAUCUUGUCACUCUAGCUAUUCGCACAAUUUUCUUGCUAUAUUGUCUCCUUCACCUCUGAAGCUCGUGAAUUUCCAGUUUUCAUACUAAGAAGCAUUUCCGAUUUUUGUUGCAGACAAUGAAAUUCUCUACUCCGGAUUUUGAGAUGGAAGACGAUGCGAUCACAACCUCUUGGGGGUUAUAUAGGCAGAAUAAAUUCACAGUUCCUGAAGAUGAGGUAGUAGAGCUUCUUUGGCAAAAUGGUCAAAUAGUUAUGCAGAGCCAGCGAUCUCUCAGGAAAUCCCUGCCAAAAUUUGAUGCUGUUAUUCCUGCCGAAGGAUCGUCGGCUGAGGAGACUCGAACAACUACGGCCGCAACAACUGCUACAAUAUCGUCCGAGAAAGAAGCAGUAGUUAAUCCAGUCUUCAUGCAGGAAGACGAGACGGCUUCUUGGUUGCAUUAUCCUUUGGAAGAUUCAUUCACUACUGAUAUCGUAUAUCCCACUCCGUCCAAUGGUAGUCAGAUUCCAGAAAGACGGCCAGAAAAUAAACAUCCAGCAGCUCCUCGGCCACCAAUCCCACCUGCAACGCGUGCAGAACUGGAUUCGGCUGCCAAAUUCCAGCGCUUCAUGCAUUUCUCGUUGCCGAAGGGGAAAGGCGAAGCGAAGCCGUCGAAUGCCAAUAAGGCGGUGAGAGAAACGACGGUUAUUGAUUCGAGCGACACGCCAAUGGCAGCGAUCAGACCGGCGGUUGCGCAAGCAUCAAGAACGACAGCGGAGUUUUCUAGCGGCAAUCUGCGGAGCGAAAGUAUGAGCGGUGAUGGAGCCGCAGCGGCUGAUGCUACUAGAGAGUUAUUGAGCUGUGACCGAACCAUGGCGUCGUCCUCUGGCGCCUCCGGCGCAAGCGUGGAGCCGUCAAUGAAGCCGCCGACGGAUGACCGGAAAAGGAAGUCGAGGAGAGACUACAAUAAUGACCGCCAUGGCGAGGAUGUUGAAUAUGAAAUCAUGGAUAAGAAGAAAGAAAUUCGUGGAUCAACAGCUGCAAGAAAAGGUCGUGCUGCAGAGGUUCACAAUCUUUCAGAGAGGUUUAUAACGCAGAGACGUCGAGAUAGGAUAAACGAGAAGAUGAAGGCAUUGCAAGAACUCAUACCCCGAUGCAACAAGUCAGACAAGGCUUCAAUGCUGGAUGAGGCAAUUGAGUAUUUGAAAUCACUUCAGUUACAAGUGCAGAUGAUGUCCAUGGGAUGUGGCAUGGUCCCUAUGAUGUUUCCUGGUGUCCAGCAAUAUAUGCCAACGAUAGGGAUGGGAAUGGGAAUGGGUAUGGGCAUGGAUAUGGGUAUAGGGAUGGGGAUGGGCAUGAGUCGACCAGUGCUGCCAUUCCACUCGAUUUUAGCUGGUUCAGGCAUGCCUACACCAACUGCAGCAGCUCAUCUGGGUCCGAAGCUCCCUAUGCCAGCAUUUCAUUUACCGCCUGUUCCUACUGUUGGCCCAUCCAGAGGACAAGCAACCAACCAGUCAGACCCUGCAUCAAACUCCAUUGGCAUGCAGAAUCCCAGCCAGAUGCUAUUUCCCAACUUCCCUGACCCCUAUCAACACUAUUUUGGUCUCCACCAGAUGCAAGUUCCACCAACCUCAGAGUCAAGCCACGAUCGAGCCAAACACCAGCAAGGGAAUUGAAACUCCUGAAAACCACCAAUCUGGUUGAAAUGUUGAGCAGAUUGAUUAGAGAAACGCUCUGCCUACCAAAUUUUGUGGAUAACGUACCAGAGCAUUGAGCACCUCCUGAGUACACAGCCUGAGCAUCCACCCCUAACUGACUAAACUAUAGUUACAGCUAACUUGUAAAUAUUACUGCCAAAAAGAAUCUUGUAAUUAUUAAGUACCGGGUAAAGUCUCACUUUCUCCUUCCAUAUUACUAUUUACUAAUUGAAAGGAACAUGCAUUUGUAAGAGGAGAAAGGGAAAAAAUAGAAUUUUUGGUAACAAGGUGUCAAUUGGCUA